AUGGCGACCGAACAAGACAAGGAAGACAAGGCUGCGCUUGAUGCGCUCGAGACGGAGGCCAAAGAAUGGGAAAAGGAUGCGGAAAUCGACAGAGUCUUGAAAGCCUUUCGGUUGGAUGCAUACGCAGUCCUCGACCUCCAGCCCGGCGUCCCCGAGUCCGACAUCAAAAUCACGUACCGCAAAAAGUCGCUCCUCAUCCACCCGGACAAGUGCAAGAACCCGCUCGCGCCCGACGCCUUUGACCGGCUCAAGAAGGCGCAGACGGAGCUCAUGGACGAGAAGCACCGCGAGCGCCUCGACGAGGCCAUUGCCGACGCGCGCAUGCUGCUCCUGCGCGAGCAGAAGCUGACGGUCGACAGCGAGGAGCUCAAGACGGACCUGUUCGCCAAGCAGUGGCGCGACAAGGCCCGCGAGGUGCUCGUCGACAACGAGCAGCGCCGCCGGCGGCAGAUGAAGGCCCAGAUGCAGGAGGAAGGGCGCGAGCAGCGCAAGCAGGACGAGGAGACGGAGGUGCGCAAGCGCAAGCGCCAGCACGACCAGGACUGGGAGGCCACGCGCGACGAGCGCAUCAGCAGCUGGCGCACCUUUCAUAAAGGCAAGACGGGCGCCCCCAGCGGUGGUGGUGGUGGCGGCGGAGAGCCGGACAAGAAGAAGAAGAAGAAAAAGGUAAAGCCCAUUGGGUAA